UUAAAAUCCAAACGAUGCCCGAGUAAGAGAAGAAGAAGAAGAAGAGGAAAGCAACAAUGGCGGCGGCAGAAUGGCUGGAGAAGAUGAAACCAGUAAUCGCGGUGGUGAUGCUUCAAGUAGGUUCGGCAGGGAUGGACGUCAUUUCAAAGGUAGCUCUGAACGAAGGGAUGAGCAAUUACGUCUUCGUCGUAUAUCGCCACGCCGUCGCAACCCUCCUCAUUUCCCCUUUCGCUCUCCUCCUCGACAGGGGAUCCAGGCCAGAGAUGACUCGCUCCAUCUUCACCAAGAUAUCAGCCCUCGGCUUGCUCGAGCCAGUGAUAAACCAAAACUUGUAUUUCCUGGGAAUGAAGUACACCACAGCAACAUUUGCGGCCGCCAUUGUCAACAUUCUCCCUGCUCUCACCUUCCUCAUGGCUUUCAUCAUCGGGUUAGAGAAAGUGAGAAUGAAAUCAAUUCACAGCAAGGCAAAGGUGUUCGGAACAAUAGCAACGGUGGCAGGAGCGAUGGUGAUGACCCUGAUCAAAGGCCCCGCCUUUGAGCAAGAUGUUGCUGCUGGUGGUGGUAGCAGUGCAACAGUGGCCGAGUCCCAUAGCUUCAUGAAGGGUGGUUUGAUGAUGACAGUGGGUUGCUUCAGCUGGGCAGGCUUUGUAAUCCUCCAAGCGAUCACAUUGAAGGAGUAUCCAGCUGAUCUAUCUCUAACGGCACUGAUCUGCCUCGCGGGCACGAUUGAAGGUGGGAUUGUGGCGCUUUUGGUUGAGUGGGGGAGGCCGGAAGCUUGGGCGCUCGGAUGGGACACCAAGUUGUUGGCUGCUGUUUAUAGUGGAGUGGUGUGUUCAGGGCUGCUGUUUUACAUACAAGGGAUAGUGAUGAGAGAAAGAGGUCCAGUGUUUGUGACAGCAUUCAAUCCCUUGUGUAUGGUUCUGGUGGCCAUUAUGAGCUCCAUCUUCUUGGAUGAGGAAAUGUUCCUUGGAAGGGUGAUUGGGGCAGCAAUCAUAGUGGCGGGGCUUUACCUCGUGGUGUGGGGGAAGAGUGUGGACUAUGAUAAUUCUUCUGCUACUUUACAAGAAAACCAGCCUCUGCUGGAGGAAAGGGUCUAGGGACUGCUUAGGAAAAGAACCAGGCUACCAGUACAACGAUGGUUAGAAGCAUCUGGAGCGCGCAAACCAUAGAGACGAAAGAUAGAAAAGGGUUACAAGUAUGGCAAUCGGAUUAACUCAAUGUGGCGGCUUGAAUGGGAGAUUUUCCAAGACUCCUUACGUGCUUCAGUUGAGAGAUAGAGAGCGUACCCAAAGCUGGUUGGUUGAUCAAAAUUAUAUAUAUUAUUUAAUAAGCGGUUUGUGGUUUGUCUAUAUGUGAUUCGGGAAAAUCUAUCCGAGUCAGAGAAUCUCUGGACAAUCAUAUAUGAAAUUCUUGAUAUAGUGUAAACAUGUUUUUAAGAUAUAGAUGGUAUUUGAUUCUUUUAGAU